AUGGACGACGAUGGCGAGGAUUGCGUGUACUUCGGGCGUGCGUUGGAGCGCGCGGAGGGCGCGGGGGGCCGCAAGCUGCACCUGGCGGUGGCGGAGGGGCGCGCGAAGCAGGCGGUGCCGCCGUGGCAGCAGGAGGCGCGCGACGAGGAGGGCAGGCGGCGGUUUCACGGCGCGUUCACGGGGGGCUUUUCCGCGGGGUACUUCAACAGCGUGGGGUCCAAGGAAGGGUGGCAGCCGGCGUCGUUCCGGUCGUCGCGCUCUGCACGAGCGGAGGUGAGGCAGCAGCGGGUGGAGGCGCUCAUGGACGCCGACGAGCGAGACGACGCGCAGCAAGGCGCCGUGGCGGCUCACAGCGCGUUCGACACGUUCGGCUUCACCGCUGCUGAGCGCGCCCGCCACCUCGCCCCCGCCGACCGGCGCCCCUCCGUCAUCCCCGGGGGGGCCGUGGCGGAGCUGCUGGCGCCCGCUGCUGACUCCAUCGGUGCGACGGGGGAGGCACGGGGGUUCACGGGGUGGCAGGCAGUUGGCUGUGGUGGGUGGUGGGAGUGCAAGCCCCAGUACACACCAUCUCCCCCCCCCCCCCCCCCCCCCCCCCCUUCUUUCUUUCCACCACUCCCCACUUCCGACUCCCCUGCACAACGCAUCUCCCUUCACCACUCGCCUCCUUCCCCCCCCACGGCAGGCAAGGCGCUGCUGCGCAGGAUGGGGUGGAGGGACGGCAGGGGGCUGGGGCCCCACGAGGUGGCAGCUUCCAGGAAGGUGCAGCGCGAGGGCAGACGGGCAAUGCUGGCGCUGGCAGCGGGAGGGAGAGGGCGCGGGGCGGGGAGAGGAGACGAGGAUGGGGAGGCAGAGGGGGAGGAGGACGACGAGGAAGGGGAAGCUUGGGGGGGUGGCGGGGAGAUGGUGGGGAAGGGCAGGGGGGCGAGGGGCGGCAAGGAGGGGGGGGCGUUGGCGGCUGCAGCGGCGGCGGAGGCGGCGGUGGCGGCGCAGCUGAGGGCGCGCAAGCGGGACACACGGGGGGUGGGGUUCGAUGCUUUCCAGGGCGCUGAGGAUGUGCGAGGUGGGGCGCGCAGAGGGGUGGUGAUGAGUGCCAUAUUUGGAAUGUCCGCUUGGCAAUACUUGGGAGCAGAGCACAGGCAAAGGACGGCAGGAGGGGCGAGGGAGGGAGGGGAGCGGGUUGGAGAGAGGGGUCUGGGUGGGCGGCGCAGGGCGGGCGGCGGCAGGCAGUCACUGUUUGCGGCGGGCAGUGGGCGGGUGGCGGGGGGGUUUGGCAUCAGGGCGCUGGAGGAGGCUGGGGAUGAGGACGAGGAUAUCUACGACUCCGAGAUACCGGCGGGCGAGCUGCAGGAGGUGGAGGAGGAUGACGAGGAGGGGGAGGGGGCGGGGCGAGGCGUGCAUGCUGGCGGGGGCUUCAUGCUUGAGGGAAGGCGCGGGCAGCAGGGGGCGCAGGGGUUGGGGCAGCAAGGCAUGGCGUGGAUGGGAGGGGUGGGGCAGGGUCGUGGGAGUGGUGCCGCUGUGCUGCGGGGCUUCUGUGAGGGGCGCGUGGCACUGGAGGAAUGCAAAUGCUACCCGCCUCCCCACGUGCCCUCCUCCUUCACGCCCCGCCACGUCUUCCCCUCCUCCCCGCCCCCCUCCGCCACGUCAGCGCCCUCUCUACUGGCACCGCCGCCAGCCCCUCCCCCAGCGGACUUGGCGGUGCGGGCAGCAGUGGAGGGCGUGGCGGCCAUGGUGGCGCGCUGUGGGGCGCACGUGGAGGCGCUGCUGCUGCCACGCACGGGGGGAGGGGGAGGGGCGGGGGCGGGUGGAGGGGAGGCGCAGGGCAUCAGCGCGAGGGGGGAAGGGGGAGGAGAAGGCAGUUUGCCUGCCCCUGCGCGGCUGGCGUUCCUGGUGGGCGGGGAGGGCAGUGCGUACUACCGGCGGCGCGUGUGGGAGCUGGGGGAGAGGCAGAGGGCAGCGGAGGGCAGGGCAGCAGCGGGCAAGGCGGUGGGGAGCAGUGGGGGGGAGCGGCUGGGGCCUGAUGCGCGGGGCGCGCUGUUGGGCGAGCAGCCAUUGCCUUCCACCCAGCCUGCCCCUGCUCCACCUCCAUCAGCACACCUCACACCCACCUCAACUGCUUCUGCUGCUGCUGCAGCUUCUGCCUUUACUUCUGCCGCAUCUCCUGCUGCUCCCCCCGCCCCCACCGCGCCGGCCUUCCAGCAGCACGGGGCGGCGGCUGAGCUGGCAGCAAUGAUGGCGGCGCGCUUCCACAGCAGCGGGCACGAGGACCGGGCGGGCAAGGGCGGCAUGAGCACGGAGAAGGCGGCGCUGCCUGCUGCAACCAUAGCAGACACAGCACUGGCAGGGGCGGCAGCAGUGGUGGUGGCGAGGCGGAGGGAGGAGGCAUGGAGGCCGCUGCCUCUGCUGUGCAAGCGCUUCAACCUGCCCGACCCGUACGCGGGGAAGCGUGAUGGGUGGAUGGGAGGGCCCGAGCAGGGACACAUGAGGGAAGCGAUUGGGGGAA